AUGAGCAAGUUCAGCAUUUGCCUCCUUCUCGUUGUCCUGGCCAUUGCCUCCAUCCAGGCCGAUGGCGACCGUCGUCCUUGCCCUGGCCGCUGCACUGGACUGUCCAGCGGAAAGAGCGUGUGCAUCCGGAACAAGGUGACCAACGUUUGCACCCGCCUGCCGGCCUGUCGUCUACGGGAGAAGAACUGCCGCCGACGUGACAACGGCUUGGAACCCAUCCGUGAGACCUGCAUCACCCGCUGCCGCAACAUUCCCGGCAACAGCGGCGUGGGACAGUGUGCCACCCGUCUGCGUCCUCGUCCCCAGUCCGACAUCAAGCGCGUUAGGGAGUGCCGCAGGAGGAUCUGCCUUGACGACAAGCUCGCCAGCUGCUGGAGGGACCAACAGGGCGGCUGCAUCCUGCAGACCCGCUGCGAGGCCCAGAGGAGGAACUGCGACCGCAAUCCACUCAACCAGUGGGUGAGGGCCAGCCAAUGGAGCUGCCAGGGUAAUAUUGUCGGAGGUGGCGUCCGCCGUUGCCGCAUCAGGCCCAUCAUCAUCAAGGAUUAG